CCUCCCUCUUUAUCUCAAACGGAUCGGAUUCUCCGGCAGACACGACAGAUUUUCUUGUGUUGGCGCCACCGCCGCCGGCCCAGCGGAGGAAACAAAGCACCCGCAGCGGAGGAAACAACCCGCCCUUUUAAAUUUCCUCCCCGAUCGAUCGCUGGGCGGCUUCCAAGCCAGCAAUCCAUGGAGCAGCUCUACCCGCCGCCGGCCAGGGCCACGCCCGUCGACGCGGCGGCCUUCGUGCUCUCCCGCUUGCCCCACCACCCUGCCACCGCGCCCGCCUUCGUCGACGCCGCCACGGGCGGGACCCUCUCUUUCUCCGCGCUCCGCCGCGCCGCGCUCUCCCUCGCAUCCGGCCUCCGUCUCGGCCUCGGCCUCCGCCGCGGCGACGCCGUCCUCGUCCUGUCACGCAACUCGCUCCUGCUCCCGCAGAUACUCCUCGGCGUCCUCGCGGCAGGCGCCGUGGUGGUCGCCGCCGACCCCGACGCCACGCCCGCAGAGAUAGCCGCCGCCGCGCACGCCUCAGGCGCCGUCAUGAUCGUUGCUGAGCCGGAGGCGGCAGGGAAGGUCGCCGGCGUCGGCGUGCCGCUGCUGCUGACGUCGCAGUCGCUGGACCCCCGGACCCUCUCGGCAGAGGAGCUGAUCUAUGGCGGUGACCCCACGGCUGCUGAGCCGACCACCGUGGAGCCUUCCCACGACGACCGAGCUUUCCUGGCCUACUCGUCGUCGACGAGCAGGACGACAGUGGCGAUGACGCACGCCGACCUCGUAGCCGCCGUGGCAGGGGUUGGCUUGCCGCCACAGGACGACGAGCGCCGGGUUUGCCUCGCGUCUCUCCCGAUGUGCAGCGCCCACGGCUUGCCGCUCAUCGCCCUGGGGCUCCCCGCUGCCAGAGUGACCACGGUGCUCGUGGCUCCGCCGUCCGAUCCGAGGGCGGCGAGGGAGGCCGUGGCCGCGCACGGCGCCACGGACGUCGUGGCGGCGCCUGAGGCGGCGGCAGCUCUCGCCGGUCCCAUGGCACUAGACGUGGGCAAGCUCUCCUCGCUUAGGAGGGUGAUGGUGGCGCCGGCGCCGUUUACGCCAGAGGCACGCCAGGAGUUCCGCCGGCGGCUGCCGUGGGUCGACCUGACGGAGCUGUCCUCCGGCACACCCGCCGCUUCAGAGCAAGUGCUGCUAGGAGGAGCAGCAGCAGCAGUUCUGAUGCUCCCACAAACUGACGCUGCAGUCAUACAGCACAACAGCCAGCCAGCAGAACAAAUGUCAGCGACAACAGACGAGGCCAACUCCCCGGUAAAUAGAAUCUCCUCAGAAGGAAAAACGAGUCAUAUAGCUAGCAAUUCUCUCCAAUCAUAUAACUCACCAACAUAGUAACAUCCGAUACCAGAUAGAUAUUUAU